AUUCUACGUCGUUCAAAAUAAAAAUUCUUUUUAUUUUUAAAAAUAAAUCUUUAUAUAGUAAAUAGAAUUUAUUUAUAUGAAGAUAAAAAAUCUAAAAGCUACAAUAAUUAGACUUUUAAAGUCCUAUGAAAAGUUGAUCAAAAAUGGCAAUUCUUCCUCCUGAUCCGGCUUAUUUAUUACGUGGUGAUAUGGGUCCCGUCCACAGUCUUUUAUUCCGAGUUUCGCCUUAUGUUGAGCAUAUUUAUGCAGGAACUGAAAGUGGCAUAAUUCAUAUUUGGGAUUUAAAGAGGAAUCGAGAAAUAUAUAGGCUGACUAAAUUUGAAGAUCAAUGUCAAUCUCUAAAUUUUCUUAAUGACGAGUGUCUUAUAACGCAAAGAAAAAGUGGUUCAUUUAAUAUUUGGAAUGCUGAUGGAUCUAAUUGGAUUCUUGAUAAAACAAUUGAGACACAAGCAACAAGUUUUUGCAAGAGUAAGGUUUUAUUAGAGGACUCAAUUCUAGUUCCUUUGAAAAAUUCUGUAAUUGGAUUGUUUUCGCUUAAAUCUUCGGAAAUUGAGGAGGAAUUAGAUCCACUAAAAGUAGCUGAAUGUGAAACAAAACAACUUGGCGAAUUGAUGUCUAUUAAGCCAUGUAUACAAGAUCAAAAAUUAGUAUUGGCAGCUUAUGAAAGUGGUGACAUUGCUUUAUGGGAUUUGAGAAUGAAAAGCAUUUUGUCUUGGCUAAAAAUUGAACAGUGUCCAUUCAGUAUUGAUUUAGAUGAAACAUUAAAAUUAGGGAUUGUUGGCAGUUCCACAAAUAAAUUAGAGGUUUUUGAUAUGAAAAAAACCAAUUUGAAUCUCAAAACUGUGCUGACGAUCAAAAACGAGGGUGUUGCUGUUGUUGCAUCAAGGCCCGAUUCAAAAGUAUUUACAACUGGAGGUUGGGAUGGUCGAUUGCGAAUCUUUUCAUGGAAAUCAUUGAGGCCUCUGGCUGUUUUGGAUCAACAUCGUGGUGGAAUUUAUGAUAUCGCAUACUCAGGUGGUAAAGUCGAGUCUUACAAUAGCAAAUGUUUGAUGGCAGCAGCUGGUAAAGAUGGAGUUAUUUCUCUUUGGGACCUUUACAAUUGAAAAUUAUAAUUUAAAAAAUUUAAAUUAUAAAAUUAAAACAAAAAGUUUAAAACAAACCACAUUUUCUAUAUUAUGAAAUUGGUUUAAAAAAAAGUACAAAGAGCCAAAGAUAAGUAUCCGUUUUACAAAAGCGUUAGUCUCUUGCCUUAUAUAGACUAGAAAUAAAUUUCUAGAAAAAUAAUGAGCAUCGAGAACAAACGCUAUGACUGAAUUAGUGAUGUUAAAAAAAAUAUAGUUGAGGGAUAGAUCUUUAAAGUUCCUAAGUCCAAUAAUUUUGUACCUCAUAAAAAAAAGGAGGAAAUUUCAAUAUUGUUUAAUAGAUAUCUAUUUUUACUAUGAGAAUUAUUAUUUGUUAGUUUU